AUGGUUGACAGAUUGACGGAGAUUCAUAAUAUGUCUCAAGACCAACAAAUGUUAGAUAAUGAAUGUGGUUGGAUGGAUAUGGAUGUUCCAGAUAAAGAGACUGCAAGCCAACAGGUUUCUUCAAUCGAAGUUGAUAGUACUAUACAAUUAACUCACUCUAGUCAUGCUCGAGAUGAUGGAACGGGAUUUUAUAAAGAACAUCUUACAAGUAAUAAUCCACAUGCCAUAGCAAAAGUUCUUGGAGCAUACUUCCAUGAUAGGUAUUCUGAGAGUAAAGGUCCAUCUACAAAAGAUCUAAGGAACUCCAUCCGUAUUGAAUUGGGCUAUAAGGUAAGUUAUUGGAAGGUUUGGAUGGAUAGUGAGAUUGAAAAGUCUUUGGUUAGAGGGACACAUGAGCAUGGAUAUGGAGUGAUUGAUGCAUACAGUCAUAUUCUUAGGACAUCAAAUUCAGUAAGUAAGACGGCAGUGGUGGUUGAUGAAAAUGGUAGGUUCAAGUGUUUUUUGGUGGCAUAUGGAGCUUGGAUUCUUGGUUUUGCACAAAUGAGAAAAGUCAUAGCUGUUGAUGGGACAUUUUUAAAGAGUAGGUAUUGUGGUGUGUUGUUGUCUGCUUUUGCACAAGAUAUAGAGAAUCAUAUUUUUUCAGUGGCAUUUUGCGUAGUAGACUCUAAAUGUGAUGCUUCCUACAAAUAUUUUUUUGAACAGAUGAGCAGCUUUGUACUUGAUACCCCUAAAUUGUGCAUAAUUUCUGACAGACAUCCAAGCAUUGGAAAGAUAGUCUCAGUUGUGUUCCCUUCAGCACAUUAUGGUUGUUGCAUGAGGCACCUUGGAGAGAAUAUUCGAAAAGAUUUUCAUAAUGGAAGUGUUGUCCACCACUUUUUAAGGCAGCAAAAGCAUACAAUGUACAAUAUUAUGACGAUCAAUAUUACUGAGUCGAUUAAUGUAGUGCUUCUGGGUGAAAGAGAAUUUCCCAUCACUGCUUUAUUUGAUGCGAUAAACAAGCGAUUUACUGAGAUAUUUCAUGAGAGGCGUAUGAUAUUCCUUGAUAUAGGAACCAAAUUUGUUCCUUCGAUGGAGACAAUCAUUGCAGAAAAUACUGAGUUGGGAAAUAAGCUAUUAGUCCAUCAAAUUGCCAACUAUAGGUAUAUUGUCACCGGUCAUGAAGUUGUUGCAACAGCUGAUUUGCAAAGCAAAUCUUGCAGUUACAGAGUCUUUGUUAUUGAUAAAAUUCCUUGCCCAUAUGCUAUGGCAGCGCUCCGAUGUCAAUAUGGUGAAGACUAUGGGAGGCGAAUUUAUGAGUACUCCUCUUUGUAUUAUACGGUAGAUGCAUACAUUAUGGCAUAUGUGGAGGAAAUUAAACCUAUUUCAUCUGAAGAUUCUUGGCAAGUUUCAAUUGAGAUUUUAGAGAGAAAAAUAUCUCCUCUAUUUAUUGAGCCAGGCAAGGUUGGAAGAAGGUCAUAUAAAAGGCGAAAAUGA